UCUGGAGUGGAUCACCGAGUCUACAGAGCAGCCAUGAUGGAAUUAUGGAUCCUAAAAUCGUAAAUUUUCAUCGUCUUUACUCUAAAAUUUCUUAGUUAUACACCAUAAAAACAUCAUGAGCGCUCCUAUGAAACCAUGGGAAGGUGCUGGAGUGAAUUCCAGAGCGAACACACCAGUUCGUAGCUCACUAACUCCUCGUCCUUCGGUCCCGUAUGGUAAUCGUCCAAAUGCUUUGAAUCAAGGUUCUUGCUGUGAUGUACAAAACAACACUAGGAACCCUCCACCAGUACCUAGUAGACCACAGAGAUCUGGUUUAGCAAGUACGGGUGGUUAUGGCGGGAUGUACGGAGGAUAUGGUGGUUAUGGAAGUGGCUAUGGAAGUGGCUAUGGAAGUGGCUUUGGAACAGGAAUGUAUGGAAGUAGUUUUGGAGGAAUGGGCGGAGGAAUGUAUGGAGGAGGUUAUGGUGGAAUGUAUGGAGGAGGCCUUGGUGGAUAUGGAAGCUACAAUAGAAUUGGUGGCCAAUACGGUGCUCAAACCAGCCCAUUCAUACGAAGGGCAGAAGAGAGCAGUCAAGCAGCAUUCCAAUCUGUGGAAUCCAUUGUACAAGCUUUUGGUUCGAUUUCAAUGAUGCUGGAAUCCACACAUUUUGCGAUGCUCAACACAUUCAGAGCAGUACUUGGUGCUGCUGAUCACUUCAGUAGACUCAAAACGCACAUACUCGGUGCUAUCGGAGCUAUAGCAAUAGUAAAAACAAUGAAAACCCUGUGCAAGAAACUUCUGUAUAUAUUAGGAUUAAUUAGGAGCACAGGAGUAGAGAAUGAGGUUUGGAGUGAAGCACAGUCGACUGUUGUGGCUGCUGCAAGUGCCGAAGGAAAGGAUGGAAAGGCAACCAAGUCAUGGCCUAUAGUGAUGUUUUUUGCCGUUGUGAUGGGGGUACCUUGGGUCAUUUGGAAACUACUGAGAUCUUUAACACCUGAAGAAGAUAGUAGCAGGGACUGGAUGACAGGUGCUGGAGAUCAUGUGCUUGGAAGGGUCGAGUUUGACUUUGUUGGUGAAGCUGAAGAUGAACUGUCUGUCUCAGCAGGAACUGUUAUCAAAAUGGCUCCCAAAGACAGACAGCCUCGCCUGAGGGGUUGGCUGUUGGCUACUGUAGAUGGAGAAAGGGAGGGAAUUGUUCCUGCUAACUAUGUUAAGAUACUUGGACUUCAGCGUGGUACUAAAUCCAAAGCACAGGGACCUGCUCCUACAUCUGCAACACCAGCAGUUCCACCUGCAACACCUUCAACUUGUAACCCCACUAGUGAUAGAUGUAGCAGUAAUGCUGACUUAGGGAGUGAAUUCACAGAAGCAUCAAAUGCACCAACAAAUACCGAUGCAAAUCCCAAUUCACUUGAACCGUCUUUUAAUGAUAUGAACUUUGAAAUGCCAGACGAUUCAGAGAUGAAUUUGAUUGAUGCUGAUGGUCAGACUUGAUUGGAUUCAGAUCUAAACUUUCAGUCAAUCUACUCAUGAAAGCAUAAAAUCCUAGGCUUGUCUGGCUUCAGAAAUGUAAAAAGUGUUAUAUUUUGAAUCAUAAUAUAUUUAAAUAUAACACGUGCUGAUUGGCUCUAAAAUUUUAUAUCAGAGAAAAGAGAGCACACAGUAAUGCAAAAUUGUUCAAAAGCAAUAGAAAUGCUUUGACCAUGCCUAGUGUUCAUAAGCAUGGUUAUCUCAUACUCUACACUACUCUACUGUUUAUAUCAUGAUACAGAGAUAUAAGCAGCAGUUUUAUAUUUCUUGAAAUAAUAGUUAAAAUUAAUGAAGGCCUACACAAUGAAAUAACUUUAAAACGCUUUAUUCAUUUGACUCAAAAGAUAUGAUUUAAGAGACAUCUUAUUGAUUGUAUGUAGUGCUAUGAAUUAAUUUUAAUUUGGGUUCUGUUGAUGAGUCUUGUAUAUUUAUGAUUAUCACAGAUCCCUUUUAGCAAUUCCUGGAGCAGUUCUACCUCUGAGUGCAUCCUUUCCAUCCCUACCCAAAAGAAUUGAGAGGACAAGAUACAUGACCGCCAUGUUGGUUGAUAUAACAAGAGAUACCAAGACCAAAUAAUCAUUUGUUCAAGUCAACCAACAUGGUGGCUAUGAUGUCACAUGCACAAGGACAAAAGACGUGCGCCAUGUUGGAUGAUAUAACAAGAGAAACCAAGACCAAAUCAUUUGUUCAGGUCAACCAACAUGGCAGCUAUGUCGUCACAUGCACAGGGACAAAAGACAUGUCCGCCAUGUUGGUUGAUGUAACGAAAGAAACCAAGACAAAAUCAUUUGUCCAAGUCAACCAACAUGGCAGUUUAGAUAUGAAGGACACAACAUUAGAUUUCAAUUCUGAGACUAGUAAAACUGUAUUGAGAAUAUGCAACAAUUCAUACUUUACAAUAUUUAUGUACUUUGCUGUUCACUAAACCACUUUUACCAGCUGACAUUCCUAACAGUGACGAGCCUGAUAAUCGAAAAUAUACCAAUAAUAUAAUUUGUUAAAUAAAUUAUUAGUGGUAGGGAAUAUGAGAUUUUACUUUCCCUGUGAAGCAGUUAGUAGCCUAUAGAUUGUAGUAGACACCAAAUUAUUGCCUUGUUUUGUUUUCUCUAAAACAUUAAUCACUAUUGUUUUUGUCUCACAAGAAAGUAAAAUACUCUAAAGGUUUUCAGAUUUUUCAAAUCAAAAAUUUUAUUCUAGUCAAGUACUAAUAAAAGUACUGCUGCUCUUAAA